AUGUCCCAACCGGUCCCGAGAGCAGAGCAAAAGGCGGUUGUAGCUGCCGCUGCAGCUCAACAAAGCGAUAAUAUCGCUCAUGCGCUCGCCGGCGCCGGAGGUGGCAUUUUGUCCAUGGUCUUAACCUACCCUCUCAUUACCCUGUCCACCCGCGCCCAAGUAGAAUCCAAGCGCGCGCAAUCCUCCACCCUCGAUGCCAUCCGCCACAUAAUCGCACGCGAGGGGUUCCGGGGUCUAUAUGCCGGUCUCGAAUCCGCCCUCUUCGGCAUCUCCGUCACCAACUUCGUCUACUACUACUGGUACGAGUGGACGCGCUCCGCCUUCGAGAAGGCGGCCGUCAAAGCCGGCCGGGCGUCCAAGAAGCUCACCACGGCCGAAGCGAUGAUUGCCGGCGCCAUUGCAGGGAGUGCGACGGUGUUGCUCACCAAUCCGAUCUGGGUGGUGAAUACGCGGAUGACGGCGGGGAAGUCCGGGGACGAAAAGGAUGGGCUUCCAGGGGGGGUUGGGGAUGGGAAGUCGAGGUCGAGGUCGAAAUCGACGCUGGCGACGCUGAUGGAGCUCCUGCGCAAGGAAGGGCCAGCGGCGCUAUUCGCGGGCGUCCUCCCUGCGCUUAUCCUGGUGAUCAACCCGAUCCUGCAAUAUACGUUCUUCGAGCAGUUGAAGAAUGUCCUCGAGCGGCGGAGGCGGCGGAUCACGCCCACCGAUGCGUUCUACCUAGGCGCCCUAGGCAAGUUGCUUGCGACGACCAUUACGUAUCCGUAUAUCACGGUGAAGAGCCGGAUGCAUGUUGCAGGGAAGGAGGAGAAGGAGGGCCAGAAGGCUAGUUUGAAUGAGAGUAUGAUGCGUAUCGUGAGGGAGGAAGGGUGGAGUGGGCUGUAUAAUGGCAUUGGACCCAAAGUCAGUCAGAGCGUUCUCACCGCCGCGUUCCUAUUCGCUUUCAAGGAUGUUCUAUAUGAUAGCAUGGUCUCCCUUCGCCGACGGAGCUUGCGGAAAUGA